AUGUCGAAGACUGCUCAAAGGAGACUACUCAAAGAAUUACAACAGCUAACGAAAGAUUCUCCACCGGGAAUUGUAGCUUGUCCCAAGAACGAGAAUAACCUAUUCAUCUGGGACUGCUUAGUGCAGGGUCCUCCAGACACAGCGUAUGAAGGUGGUAUAUUCAAUGCAAGGUUAGAAUUUCCAAAGGAUUAUCCACUUUCGCCACCAAAGCUCACGUUUACCCCAAGUAUAUUACACCCUAAUAUUUAUCCUAACGGUGAAGUCUGCAUCUCCAUCUUGCAUUCUCCCGGUGACGAUCCUAAUAUGUACGAAUUGGCUGAAGAAAGAUGGUCACCUGUCCAAAGUAUCGAGAAGAUAUUAUUAAGUGUUAUGAGUAUGUUGAGUGAGCCGAAUAUUGAAAGUGGUGCCAAUAUUGACGCCUGUAUACUUUGGAGAGACAAUAGGGAAGAGUUUGAAAGACAAGUUAGACAAUCAGUUUUGAAAUCGUUAGGGUUUUAG